AUGACGAAACGCGAGAAACUAGCCGAAGCGAUUGAGGCGAGAAAAAAGAAGAGGAGCGAGAAGGUGGCAGAAGAGCCCACGGCUGAGGCGAAGAACGAAGAGCGAAGAGCGAAGAAAGUCGCUGCGGCAAAAGCUGACGACGAGAGCGAGAGCGAGAGCGAGAGCGAGUCUGCUUCUUCGAGCGGUGAAAGCUCAUCUUCGUCGAGUUCAUCAUCAUCUUCUAGCUUAGACGAAGAGGCGCCGAAGAAGCCAAACGACGACCGAGCCUUGACGGCCGAAGAACGCGAGCUGCGAGCCCGACAAGUCUUCGUAGGCGGUAUUCCCUUCAACAAGACAGAAGAAGACAUCGAAGAGGCAUUCAUGGAUGAUACGCUCACCGUCGAAAGCGUCGAUUGCAUGACUUUUCCGGAUACCGGGCGUUUCCGCGGUAUCGCAAUAGUCACCUUCGCCUCGGCGAACAUCGCGAACGAGGCUUUGCGAUGGCACGACACCGAAUGGGACGGAAUGGUACUCGUCGUGAAACCGUACGAGCCAAAAACACCUGAAGCGCCCAAACCUAAGCUUAAUGUGGGUAAAGUUGAAGGUCAACACAUCGCCUUUGUGGCAAACUUGGAUUACAGCGUCACGGAGGACAUUCUUAGAGAAACGUUUUCUCCAAGCGACGGCGCUAUUACGGAUGUUCGCAUGGGUGUGGACAAGGAAACCGGCGAUUUCCGUGGCUACGCGCACAUUGAAUUCGCUAGUGAUGGCGAUUUAGAGCGUGCGUUGCUAAGAGACGGAGAAGAACUCGUCGGUGGACGGGCAAUGAAAGUGACGUACGCGACGGCGCGGAAGCAAACCACGACAAAACCGGAACGGAAAUACGACAAAGGUAGACCGAGGUUCAAGGGAGCGGCGCGGCGGAAAAAGUGA